UAGGCUGCAGCAGCAGCUGCUGUUGCUGAGCGCGGCCGCCGGUUCGGAUCAACCACCAGCUAUGUAGUCAGUAUGUGCGUAACCGGUUGGCAGUGCGUGCGCGAGUUAGAUAUAUUUUUUCAUUGGUGUACAUGCAUUAUUUCCCUCGCGGGUUCGUUUCGGGUUUAUUCAAAUUGUGUUUGUGAUUUUUGUGUCUAAGUACAAGUCAACAAUAUUAGCGUUGCUAGUUAUGCCAUCGGAUUGACGAAAGAGUAUGCGGAAUAUGGGACCAAGUGUCAUGGCGGCAGCGACAUCCGACUCUAACGGCAUGCCGCCUUCGGCCGUGGACAACAAGAAGAAGACUAACGGCAUUCGGCGAUUGUUGUCGCCGGCCAUAUUUGUGCACGGCGACGGCCAAAAGCACAAAAACAAUAACAAACAGGAGGUUCCGGCGCCUGGCACCGGUACGGUGCCGCUUCGGCAAAAGACCAUUAUCGAGACGGCGUUCGUCAACAACAACAACGCGGCAGCCACGUACGGCAACGUUGGGUUGUACCAACAACAACAAUCACAGCAACAGAGGUCCGUCGACGUGACGGACUUCCGGUCGAGAAGCGUUAGUCCCGGAUCGUUUGACCGGGACGUAAACGCCAACUUGUACGGCCGCCGUCGGGUGGACAGCACGUGUUCGCUUCAGUCGACUGCGUCCGACGACAGCAGACAGUCGGGCAGGCGGUCGGCGCCCAUCGUACCGUACUCGCAGUACUACAACAACCGUACCGACCAGCGACUCCUAAUGCCGGUAAGCGCCCAGGUGAAGAUCACGGCGCCUCCCCGACCGGCCAACACCGUUCGGCAACAUCCGACGGCCAUUUACGGCAACGCGACGGCGGCCCAGGACAACACUUGCAGUCCAUUCGUGAGGAAUUCGCCGCAGAGGGCGACCAUCGGAUGCGUCCGCGAGUCGUCCAGGCAGUCGACUAUCUACGAGGAAGAUGACUGCAACAGCAUGGGCGGCCGUCGACCGGACGAGAAGCGCUUUCAGCCGAUAUUCAAAAGGGGAACGUUGCAACCGGAACGCGCGUCCCCGGUAACGGUCGGUCCGGUGCCGGCCAGUCCCAAAAGGGUGAGUUUCUCGCCGCCGCAACCGACGGGCCAGUCGGAACCGGUGUACUGGCCGACGAAAAAAGGCCCAUCGCCGCAACCGCCCACCCGCCGACGGACGCCGGACUCCGGUUCGCCAGCGUCUACGGCCGAACGCCCGCUGCCGCCCGUGCCGAAACGCAAUUCGUCCACCGCCGUUUAUGGUACGGUCCGCAGUCAACAGCAACAGCAAUACCAGCGGCAACUGCAACAACAGCAGAAAUGGUGGCCGCCGCAGUACCAGCAGUCUGGUUCGGAAUCGGGCAGUGAAGCCGGCGAGGUACAACGCAUAUUGAACGUGACACCCAAGAAUGGCUGCGUGCCCGGUGAUGAUGAUUGGAGUAUAGAUGGCAAGAGCAGAGGUGCUGCUGAGCAGCCCGGCGAUGAACUUCGUCGUGGUAGGUCUUCCAGGAGAGACGACCCCCGCCGGCACACUUUAUCCGGAGAACAGCAUCACAAUUACCAACCGGCUCUUACGAGAUCUAUGGAUUUAGAAAUGGGAUCGAAAAGUCAACGAAAAAAAUCUCCAGCUUCCAGGGGAGGAUAUCCACCAUCAACGGGUAUGUUGUUCGACGACGAUCCCGGCAUCAUGUCCGAAGUGGAAACCAGUUCCACCGGAUUUAGAAGAGGCAACAAACAGAGAAGUUCGCUGCCGGUGGUCAGGACACCUUCCAAAACGUUAGAGCGUCCCUUAGGUGUCCCGGUAUUGAAUGAGGAAAUGACAUUCCAUAAUACGAUGACUCACUCUCGUCAAAGUUUAGGUUUGGUCUUUUUGCAAUACCGAAGUGAAACCAAGAGGGCGCUACUGCCGAAUGAGAUCACCUCCAUUGACACGGUAAAAGCUCUGUUCGUAAGGUCUUUUCCGAAACAGCUCACUAUGGAAUACAUGGAUUCGGCCCUCGUUAAAAUCUACAUACACGACUCUUCCAAAGAUAUGUUCUACGAACUAGAAGAUCUCAGGUCUCAUUUGAACGACAUACGAGACAGGUCAGUGCUGCGUCUCUUCGAAUCGGCCGAAGGUGGUGCUCUGCCCCAAGGGUUGACGGUAGCCGCUCCCACGUGGGACCAGGAUCAGUCGUACUUCAGCGAACCCGAAUUCGAUUCCGAAUACCAGCACCAGCACAUACACAAGACAAAGGGAAGCAAAUGUACCAGCGGUGGCGUACCCGGACAACCUUAUUAUAUGGCUCACCAGUUUCCACCGGGAACGUCGGCUACUCUUCCUAAUAGGGGCCGACCACCUAGCGGAUCUAUGUCGGCCAGAACGUAUUCGCCGGCCGUUCCAUCAGUGGCCGCCAACAAACAGUCAGGGUACAUGUCUUCUCCAGAAAGAGCCGGAUCCAGGACGGGGUAUACGGCGCCUCCAUACAUGUCUCCGGGGGGUUCGUCGUUCGAUGAAAAUUCUUAUUACGGUUACGGCUCAAGGACAGGAGCAAUAACCCCCGUUAUAGACGAAGAGACCAGCGACAACGAACUAAUGGAAGAUCCGUUUAACAUGUACCCGGUGAAACCAUCAAUUUCCAAAAGACCACCAACGUACGGCACCUCGCCUACCGUCCCUUAUGACGCUACCAGGAUAAGGGUGGAAAACAUGGAAAGACAAAUCGCCAACCUCACGGGGCUCGUCCAAAAAGCUCUGACCCACACUCCCGUUGUCCCCCAACCGUUCCGAAGUGCUAGUGAUGAGUUCGAUAAAGUGUCCAGCGGAAGCUCCACGUCUCUCGCAGAGGAACCGUACAAGCGAUCCGACACUAAACCUCCUAAACUCGGACGAGACAAGUCGGUAUCGUUCGAGAAAUCAGUAUCGUUCAGUGACGAGCCGCCUGACAUGAACUCGCCCAAACAACAUUCGCCUCAAAGUUCAGCGGACACGAAGCCUCCAAAACCGGCAAUUAAAUCGUCCACGUUGCCUAGAACGGCGUCACAAGAAAAAGACCGUUUUAAACCACCACCCCCGCCAAAGCCAGCUGCCAUCCCCGGGCAGUAUGAUAGCAGACACUUGUACGGCGAUUUACAGCUCACUCCGGAAAUGUACAAUCAGCUGAGAGUGCUGCAGAAAAAAGCUAAAGAUUUGCGACAAGAAGCGCGGAGUCUGAGAAGGCUGUCUCAGGCGCAGGCUCACACAAUCAGGGAGACCAUCAAAGACACGUUCAUAAAGAUAAGAGCGUUGAUUGCUUCCGGCGCUGACCAGGCGUGGAGCGAAUCCGGAUCCAAGGAGAGAGCCCACGUGGAUAGGGAAGAAGAUAUUUACAAACAAGAAAUCGUCAGACUAGAAACUGACCUCACGGAACUCGAGGGCACGGUAGAAGAACUCCGCGGUAACGUGAUUAACAAGAAAUCCCGAGUAAAUAUGUCGGAUGUAGAAAAUAUGGCACUCGUCCUCAGCAAAUCCAGUAAAACGGUUGCCGAACUCAAGUUGAGGUUCCCGAGUUUACACGAAUCCAUCAGAACCGUGUUGACCAAAGAGAUGGACAGGGCAGUCGCUGAAGAAAAGUUUCUCAAAGAAGAACCCGAUCGAUUGGAGAGCGCACUCAAAAGGUGUAAAAAGCUGACCGGAACGCUUGUAACGUUAAAGAGACUGGCCUCGGUUCAAGAGCAACGUUUGCCCGACCCUAGACUGUCUCCGACAAACGAGGAGACACCGCCGAUCACUCCCACGUCGUCUGCCAAGGGGAGUGUCGUUGGACAGGGGAGUAUCGUGGAACAGGUCGGAACCGGAACAACAACAGGCGGUGCUGGAAAGUGCGAGCCAGCAGGUGCGGAGAACGCACUCAACACUCUGCUAGACGAACUGCAGACCACUACGGCGUCGUCGGCCGCGGUGACGGACACCGUGUUGAUGGCGCCUAGCAGACCGGUGUUGCGGCGCUUGAGUAGUACUUCAGCGGAAUCGAAACCGCCGGUACCCGAACGGACACCCGACUUGCAAAACAAGCGUAUGCCGCCGCCGCCGCCACCCCGGACCAGCUCCAAAUCGCCGGUGGCGUCGCCGACCACAGGCGCCGGACCAGCCGCUUUGCCAAGGGGUUCGGUGUCAUCGGCGGCCAGCGGCGGCAGCCCGCCCGCCCGCAGAGGCUCGCUGACCGCCGCCGUGACUACCGUCGUACUCAGCAACAACGGCGGCGGCGGCGGUGGUGGCAGCGGCAAAGCUCCGAUGCCGGAACCUCUUGCUAACGCGACGCCGUCUAGACAGGAACAGUUAGAACAGCGGCACCAGGAGCUAUUGAAAAAACAGAAAGCGCUACAGGAGCAAUACUUGCGUCUACAGCAGUUGCAACGAACUCAACCGCCGCCAGAUCUGUUGCAGUUGAAGAAAACGGGCAGCGAAGGUAAUCUGCUAGUAAAGAUGGGUCUAGCCAUGAGUGCCGCAGCUCCGAUAUCGGGUUCGCUAACACAGCUGGCCGCUCCGAAGGACAUCGCAAACAACACCGCCACCGACAACGGUUCGCAACAGACAGUCGCUUCCACUACCGCCGCCGCCCCGCCGACCGCCACCAAUAAUACUUCCACAACAACGACCAUAAACAAAGUGUACGAAACGGAUAUCAUAUGACCGUCAACAGACGUUUAGUCAAAAGUUAACUUAAGGGAUAGUUUAAUGAAAUUUAGUUUUUAUUAUUUAUUUACUUGCAUGGAUGUUUGCGCUGUAACUAUACUCAAUCAAAUUUUAUUUUUAUUACUUGAAAUCUGUUUUCUGAAGAUAACAACCUGGGGGCUGGGCCAAUCGAUCAGUGGCCUGUUGACUAUGGUAGAUGUCAUCGGGUGUAACUGUAGGUGAUUAAGCAGACUGUUCUCAUCCGCUGAAAUAACAUUUAAGCAUACAGGAUUAUUCAAAUUUCAAUAAAGUUAAUUGAAAAUAAUAUUCUCUAACACCGUUAUGGGAAAAAGGGACGACGCCAAGUUGGACAUCUACGUGUCUUAUAAGAUUAAUCGUUGUGUGGAUCAAAAUUAUCAAUUAAAAUUAUUUUGUUCUGUAAUCGGCUUGACUUACAGUUACCAAUUACCUAAUAAUAACUGUAAACAAAAAUUCGUAUUAAAUGUUCUAAAUACUUCAAUAUAACAAUUUUCUUCUUUAAUUUGUUUAGCGCUAAAAAACUGUUAAAUAAUUAGCUGCUGAUCACAUUUUUCUUAAUGACAGUAGUCAUUCGACUUACAUGAGCAAUUUUUUAGUUGGUGUCAAGUAUAUUCACUACCUACGAUCAGAAAUAUAUUUUUUUCUUCUAAUAAAAAAGCAACAAUGACAUCCAUUAUAUUACCACACAUAUAUGGUAAUAUAAUACGUACUUACGAUACUUACGUACUUGAUUGUUAGCGAGCUCUUCAUUUUUUUGUCAAAUUAAUUUAACGAUUGUUGCACAUGUUUUUAUUUAAUAUAAAUAUUUAUUACAUA